CGCAGCUGUAGCCUCUACUUCUGCUUCAACAAAACUGCGAGGGGAAGGGGGAGAACAAAACCCGCCCAUAAAGCCAAUCCCGUAAAACCCCAAAUCAACUUACUGAUAAAAGCCUCAGGUACUUGCUAAUGGCAAGUCAGACUUUCUCAUUUCUCCCAAUUUCACUUCCCCCCUCCCAGAUUUGCAACGAAAAACCACAGCACUCUUCGUUGAUACUUCCAUUGAGUUCCUUUUACGGUAACAAAAUUGUUAUUAGUAAAUCCAAUUUGAGCAAUUUCGUUCUCAAGAGUCAUGGCUCGACGGUUGCCACAGUGUUGUCAAGUCUCCCGACUAAGAAACACCCUUCAGAGAAGAUCCCAAAAUGGUCGGCGAGGGCGAUAAGGUCGUUUGGUUUGGGGAGAUUGGAGGCCAGGAAGCUCAAGUAUCCAAAUACUGGAACUGAAGCGCUUCUAAUGGGGAUUCUGAUUGAGGGAACAAGUCCAGCUGCAAAGUUUCUAAGGGCUAAUGGGAUCACUUUUCUCAAGGUCCGUGAAGAAACUGUAAACUUGCUUGGGAAAUCUGACUUGUAUUAUUUCAGCCCUGAGCAUCCCCCAUUGACUGACCAGGCUCAGAGAGCCCUUGAUUGGGCUGUUGAUGAGAAACUAAAGUCGGGUGAUGGUGGAGAAAUAACCACUGCUCAUAUUCUUCUUGGGAUUUGGUCAGAAAUAGAAUCUGCAGGUCACAGGAUUUUGGCAACCCUAGGUUUUAAUGAUGAAAAAGCCAAAGAGCUUGCUAAAUCUAUGAAUGAAGAUGUUGUCUUGAGCUCAAAGUGAGGAGGUAAGAAGAUUUUCUGCAAUAUCUGGCUUGCUGAUCCAAAAACCUUAACCUGCAUGGCUUUCGACAAGAUUUUCUUAAUUCUUGGAGCAAGUUUGUACCUAGGGAGCUUGUUCCAUUUUGGGGGUUUGUUUCAAAUUCUCAAGCCAAAUGCGUCUCAGCUGGAGAUGUUGAAAUUUGCAUCUCUAUUACAGGGAAUUUUGUGAAUCCAAAUUCUCUGGCAGUUUCUGCAAUGACGGAUUUUCUUGCUGAUUCACUCUGAUUUAUUGCUUUUGUUUCAAAUAAGUAUUCGUGUUACUUUGUUGGUCAUACCAAAGUAAGUUGACCAGCGGAGUUUUAUUUUAAAAACAUGAUUUGGUCCCACACAAACGCAUAAACUACAUUGUUGGAGUCAUCUUUAACGUGAUUUCCUUUGAAGUCAUGCUAGGGCUAAGCAAGAGAAUGUGCACAAUGCAAAUGCUUCAUGGUCAAUGUUAAAACAGCACUUUUUAAGUCUUGAAAUUAUCAAUUUCAGCACUGCAUUUGUGGC